AUGUCCGACUUGCUGAGUGAUUUCAUCGAUCACUAUGAGAGAGAUACGCACACACAUGAGGUUGACCACUGGGCAUUUCAACAUGACGAUUCUAAAUGCGAAGCCAUAAUCCACAACUCGACAAGCAGCGAAUCUUCGGCAGAUCUCAGUGCAGAAGUUUUCUCGUCGCCCAACCCAUGUCACCCCUCUACCCGUGACCGGGAUCAUGUUCACCACAAGCUGUUGGCAUUGUGGAGAGACACUUUGGGCCUUGGAAAUGCUGAAAUCUCAUAUGAUGACAGCUUUUUCGAAUUCGGUGGUGACUCCAUUAUCGCCAUGUCAAUGGUGGGCAAUGCUAGAGAGCUAGAACUACCACUCACCGUGGCCGACAUUUUCAACAAUCCCAACUUUGGGUCGAUGCUCAAUUGUCUCCUGGAUCGAUCAUACAAGGAUUACGACACGGCGUCAAGCAAUGACAAGUCGUACCUCUCAGACUCCAAGAACGAGGAAUCAACCGAUGCUGAGCAAGUAUACCAGCCCUUCUCCAUGCUUGGCCAAGAGAAUGCUGAGCAAUUCGUUCGAGAUCAUGUCUGCACUGUUGCAGGUGUGUCCCGAGCCAGCAUCAUGGACGUCCUCCCAACAACCGACUUUCAGGACCAGGCCAUCGCAGGUAGCCUACUAGACUCGCGAUGGAUGCUCAACUACUUCCACUUGGAUUCUUUAGGGCCGCUUGAUAUUGGCCUAGUGAGGGAAAGCAUCACAAAUGUCGUGACCUGUUACGACGUGUUGCGCACCGUCUUCGUCUUCCACCGGGAAAGAUACUUGCAGGUUAUCCUUCGUCAUGUACAGCCCCAGCUAACUGUCCACGAUGUCGACGAUAUCGAGCAAUUCACCUCGGAACUUGGGUCCAGCCAUCGGGACGAAGUUCCGCGCCCUGAACAGUACGCCCUCCGGUUCGUCGUGGCGCGACUCAAAUCGUCGGUACGACACCGCAUUUUCAUCAGGAUAUCUCAUGCGCAGUAUGACGGCGUCUGCUUCCCAGCCAUCCUUGAGGCAUUGAAGGCUUGCUAUGAGGGAGAACCUAUCUUUCCCACACCCUCGUAUGCAACCUACAUCCGCGGGGCAUUGGGCAAGAUCAAUCCGGGCCACUACGCGUACUGGAAAGCUCUCCUGAAGAAUUCCACCCCGACGCAUGUUAUCCCACGACAAGGUACUUUGCUCCACACUACUCCUACACAAGUGUUGAAAAGGGUUGUUUCCACACCCUCGCUCGCGUCUUUCAACAUUACCACCGCCACUGUCGUCAAGGCCGCCUGGUCAACGGUAUUGGCAAAGGUCACGGGCAAGACCGAUGUUGUGUUUGGCCACCUCAUCAGCGGACGCAACGUAAGCAGCGUGCCCGGUAUUGAAGCUAUCAUUGGCCCUUGCUUGAAUGUGGUGCCUGUACGCGUUUGUCACCAACCUUCUUGGACCGUACUGGAUCUUCUUCAACACAUCCAAAAACAGCAGGUGGACAACAUGCCGUACGAAUCACUCGGUUUCAGGCAGAUCAUUGACAAGUGCACCGACUGGGAUGAUGACGGAGCAAACGGCUUUUCCACUGUUGUCCAACACCAAAGCAUGCCUCAGACAGGUGCUCUGGAAAUCGGGGGGAACACGUACCAAGUUGGUGCAAUUGCCUCACAACAAGAUGCGGCUGAUUUCAGCGUCGUUACUACGCCGCAAGACACGGACAGCACAGAGGUCUGCUUGCUUUAUUCUCGAGACGGAGUGGUAGAUGCGGCCUUGGUAGAGGACAUGUUUGACUCUCUCUGCAGCAGUAUCACAGGGUUUUCCGAGAACCCGGGCACCUUUGUUAGAGUUUCUUGA